AUGAAUGUUGAAUUAAGUGGCACCACCUUAUUGAAUACUUCAACUGCAUCGACAAACCUCUCGUCAUUAACGGGCACAGAAAGUCUUCUAAAUGCUGAUCAAGAGAGGCAGCAUAAUAAAUCGAGAAUUUCAGCAUCUGUUCGGGAGAAGCAACACAUUAAUAUAUGGAGUACUUUAUUGAAACAUCAAAGACGAGAUUCCAAAUUGCAGGAAGGAGUUCGAGAGAGUUGUAAUUUAAUAUUUCUGGGAGAUGAAAAGAACGGCCAACGGAGUUUAAUUCGAAGAAUACAGGGGAAGGAUAUUUCUGGUGAGGUGUAUCAUGAUACACUUUCGAUAGAGUAUACGUUUUUUAGAGUGACCGACAUCAGUGGAGAAUCGGAUAGCAAUUCAGAAAACCAAAGUUCACUCGACAAAGAGGACAAAUAUGUGAAUAUUUAUCAAAUGGAAAAUCAACACUUUUCAUAUUUGUUGGAUUUUGCAUUGACGGUCUCAAAUCUUGAAAAGUCCAUCGUGGUCAUUACUGUAGACAUCUCCAACGUAAAGGACGUCAUUUCAAGGACAAAAAGAUGGGUCAAAAUUGUUCAAGAUCAUAUUGCAAACAAACUAAUACCAGCAAUGUCAUCAGAGGACUCACAACGUUGCUUUCAAAGAGUUAAGGACGUUUAUAAGAAAGGUUACUCACAAAUCGUGAAAGAGUCAGUAGAUGUACCAGUUGUCAUUGACACAAAUAUUGGAGUUCCAAUCGUAAUUGCAAUCACAAAAUGUGAUCUGGUUGAACAAGUGGCAGAUUCCUUUUGUGGUCGACGUGCCGUCGUUACUUCAAGACCAGACCAUUUCCUUAAUUUUGUUUUAUACAAACUUCGAAGUAUUGCUUUGAGAUAUGGUGCCUCUCUUUUCUAUACAUCCGCCACUUCUAACAUCAAUUGUCUCACCCUGAAGAGUUAUCUUUUGAACGUGUUUUUCAAUACAGCCUUCUCUUUUAAAGACAGCAUUGAAUACAAGGAUCACAGUUGCAUUUUAAUACCAAGUGGAUGCGAUUCUUCGCCAAAGAUUAAAUCCAUAGAUUGCUCCACUUUUCCAUCAGAUCCUGAAAAAACAGAUUUUGAUUCCACAUUCAAUGACUUAUUCUUUGCUAAAGAAAGCUCACAACAAACGGCACCCAGUGAUAAAGAACCUGUUGAAGAUUUGGAAACUUUUCUGAAAAAGCAGCAAAAAAUUAGAAACAUGAUUCAAUCCAGACCACUUGAUAAUGAACCUGGAUCCUUGCAAUCUCCCUUAUCAUCCAACUUGAGCUCUCCGGGACGUCAUAUGAGACAAAAGAAUUCGAUACCUCUCACUCCAAGAACUUCCAAACUUAAUGAAUUGCAGAGCCCAUUAAUACUUCCAACCCCAAUCGCUUCUGAAUACUUUAAUGAGCAUAGCAUGCUGACUCAAAAGGGGUUAACAACGCCGAGAACCCUGAACUCGGCAAUUAGUGCGUCAUCCACUCCCCCAAGUACUGACCAAGUCGAAGUUGCAGAGCACUUCUUCACAUCCUUGUUGCAAAGGUACUCAAACAAACAAACCCCCCCAACCAAGAACUUACAAAAUUGA